ACCUCGUUUUCAACGAGCCGCAAGUCUCAGCCAGAGAGCGUUUUGCAGUUGAGACCCUCUGCAGAUCUCAAUGCAACACAAAGUAAAGCUUCAAACCACACAGCUGGUGUUCCAAACCGAACGCUGUCUAUCAAUUUAAGUUACACAACAUCCCCAUUGAUCUUCACAAACUCAGGCGCUGCAACAACUCAGGUCUUGUAUUUCACAGGCAAUCAUUUGACGAAAGAGAGUUCUUCCCUUCUGGUCGCUCCUUCUACUACAGCACAAACAAGCUUUACCCCCGUGAAUGGUAUCACCCCAACUCAACAAAAGUCUUCAUCUUCACGAGUAUUACAGAUACAGUCUUCUUCCCAGUCGGGACAGGGGAACAUCGACGCAGGAACAACCGCCGUCCCACAUGUACAAAACACUCUCAUCUCGUUUUCAACGAGCCGCAAGUCCCAGCCACAGAGUAUUUUGCAGUCGGCACCCUCUGCAGAUCUCAAUGCAACACAAAGUAAAGCCUCAAGUUACACAACUGGUAUUCCAAACCGAAAGCUGUCUAUUAAUUCAAGUUACGCAACGUCGACGAUGAUCUUCUCAAACACAGGCGCCACCACAACUCAAGCCGUGUACUUCACAAGCAAUCAUUUGACGAAAGAGAGUUCUUCCCUUCUGGCCGCUCCUUUAACUACAGCACAAGCAAGCUCUCCCUCUGUGAACGGUAUCACCCCAACUAAACUAAAGUCACCAUCUUUAAGUGUGUUACAGAGACCACUGUCUUCCCGGUGGGGACAAACAAUACAAUUGUUAUCUACGACAUUAAACCGAAAGCUGUCUAUCAAUUCAAGUUACGGAACGUCGCUGAUAAUCUUCAAAAACUCGGGCUCCGCUACAACUCAAGCUACGUAUUUCAGAAGCGAUCAUUCGACGAAAGAGAGUUCUUUACUUCUGGUCGCUCCUACAACUACAGCUUCUUCCACAAAGCUGACCUCGACAAUCUCAGUUUCAGUAUCGCUUAACUGGACAGACUGGUCCGUGGACUCAAGUGACUGUCAGCGGCACUGUUCAAAUGUGGGAGGAACUGUGACUGCGAGUCGUCAUUGCUAUUCUCAUACAGUGACGUUCAAAGAAAGCAUCUGUACCAAAUACAGAACCUUAACUCAAGUGUUUAAAUGUGGCCAACCACAUUGUCCAAUCUCAGGAACAACAUUGUUAGGAUUGUCCAUCUCAACAGUGCUAGUCGGGACUUUGCUUCAUAUGUUGCCGAACUUUUUCGGGGGUUAAGAUUUCAACGACCUUUAUAAGGUCAACGUUUGUGUCUUGCUCUCUUAGCAUGAGGGUAUACUUUAAAGAGUGUGGGAGCGUCAUGAUCGCAGAGGCGUACACAAAAUGUAGUUUAAAUUUCUUAGACUAUUUUAAGACCUCUAACGUUUAUAUUUAUAGUAUAGUAUCAAGAGAAUAGUCAAGAGAUUAUAAAUAUCUUGAUAGUAUAAAUGUUUUAUACACUUUAUAAAAAAACGAUGUAGUGCUAGAUGGUACUUAGCAAGAAAAAAAUAAGUUUUUACAUUGAGUCAAUAGUUACCGGGUUAUUGUAACGUGCAAAAAGAGAAGAGAAAGCACCAAAUCUACUUUUGUUAACCAUCCCAAUUCAUGAAGAAAGGGAAACAAUCAUGUUCACUUCAACAGAAAAAAAUGAGCCUUAGCUAUGGACGGAACGUCUGAACAUACGAGUAUUCAAUACUACGAUGAUUUCUCAAGGCCAGUUCACGUAUAUCAAACGUUAAUGUCUCAUUUUACCAUAAGGAUAAAGAGUGUAGGGAUGCAUUUUGACUAGCACAUUGUAAUACUCGGCACUGUCAGAAAUUGAUGUUUCACGGCGGUUUUUGUCUCUAAGGUUCAAACCGGUGUUCAGAAGCUUAACGAUCAUUAAAUUCCAUGUUCUUAGA